AUGAUAUCAUUUUUAUACAAUAACGAUAGUAGUAUAUUUGAAUCAAAAAGACAACAACUACGACAAAUGGAAGACGACGAUUUUUCCCCAAGUGGAUCACCAAUUAAUAGUACAAUCGAUCAAAUGGGUGAUUCACUGAUGGAUAUUGAUCCUUCAACCGAGCAAGAGCAUAUUGUAUUCUGUAUUGAUCUAGAUGAAGAGAUUAAUUCAAUAUUCAAAGCUUCUGGUCCUCGACUCGAUCAUAUAAAAAAGGCAUUGUCAUUGUUUGUCAGAAGUAAACUCAUCACAGAUCCAACCACAAAGUUUGCCAUCUGUACUCUUCGUGUGUCGGCAAUCUCUGUUUUGGACUUUACAAGUGACUUUAAUGAAAUUAAAUCAAAAAUAGAUUCUUUAAAACCUGGUGGUAGAUUUAAUGCUUUUGAUAUGACUACUUUAUUUGAUAAAAUGGAAACUAAAUUUAAAAUAUUAUCAGAGACUAAAGGAUUAAAGAAUGUUGUUGUUACACCUGGUAGCUUAAGCGAUAGUUCCAAUUCAUCGAUUACUCAACACCAUCAACACAACAACAAUAAUAGACACUGGAGUUUAAGAACUAUAUUUAUAUAUUCUCGAUCAAGUAUUGUUCCAAUGUAUUUGGGUGGAUCAAAGAGUCUCGAUUUUUUAAAAUCAUUUAAUAAUUUUCAUUUUGAAUCUGUUUAUAUGUAUCAUAGUUAUCAUACUGAUCAUUCAAAGAUUGUAGAAUCAAUUAAUCAAGCAACAAAAGGUGGAUCAAGUUUAGCAAAGAUAUCAGAUCAAUCAUCGAUUAGAAAGUUUUAUUAUUGUUUUUUGGGAAUCUUGUACGUUCCACCACAACUGAGACCUACAACACCAAAGUAUCAAAGAUUCCCAGUCGGCCUCAUCAACGAGAAUCUGUAUCGUCUAGGACCGUGGGCAAAGAAUGCAAACACUGGCACAAUGCCCAAGCCAGCUGGUAACAUUAAUAUUUUACAGGCACCAUUUGUUCCCAUCCAAGGUUUGCAGCCACACCAACAGCCACAGAUUCACAAUCCACAACAAAUCAUACUCCAAAUCCAGGCACAACAACAAAACCUCCAACUCAUUUUACAACAACAACAACAGCUUUUGCAAAAUCAGCAACAAGUUGCCCAACAACAACAACAAGUCGUACAAGCUCAACAGGCUCAACAAGCUCAACAACAACAACAAAAUCAACAAGCACAACCUGUACCUCAACCAAAUGUACAACCUGCAGUCGCAGCAAAUGCAGCAGCAGUUCAACCAGUAGUAGUAGCAGCACAACCAGCUCCAGUAGCAGCACAACAACAAAAUCAACAAGCAGCGGCCGCUCCAGUUCAACAACCUGCAGCCCAACAACAACAACCACAAGCUCCAGCUCAAGUUAGUGUACAACCUGUAGCUAUUGUAGCUCAAAAUAAUAAUAAUGUAAAUCAAAAUGUAGAUAACCAACAACAACAACAACAACAACAACAACAACAACAACAACAACAACAACAACAACAACAACAACAACAACAACAACAACAACAACAAGAUGAACCAAUGAUUGAAGAUAUACCCGAAAAUACUAAUAAUAAUAAUAACCAACAACAACAACCAAUACCUGUAACUAAUCAACCAGCUCCUCCUCCACAACCAGUAGUAGCAGUUCAACCAGUCCAACCAGCUCAACCAGCUCAACCAGCUCAACCAAUACAACCAAUUCAUCAAGCAGCAAUUCAUUUCCAACAACAUCCAGGAACCAUUACAGUACCUGUUGUAUAUUAUCCAAUGGUUCAUUUUAUUCAAAAUCCAGCAGCAGCUGCAGCUGUUGGACAACAAAACGUUUUCUUUAAUGCUGCUGCCGGAGGAGGUGAAGGUGGUAUAUUAUUCGAAUACCCAAUGAACAAUAACAACAACAAUAGCUACCACUCAAAUAACCAAUCACCAAUCAAAUCAUCGAAGGAUGACGAAUCAUCGUCUUGUUCUUCGGGCUCGAUCAUACCCAGCCUCGGCAGCAUGAUGAAGCAAUACAUCAAUAAUGAGCAAUUCAGCGAUGUUGCAUUCCUUUUAAAGAACAAUGACGAUGUUUCCUAUGAACGUAUCUAUGGACACAAAGUCAUUCUAUGUGCUCGAUCCAAGUAUUUCAAAACACUUUUCACAAAUGGGAUGAGAGAGAGUGAAGCAGAAGGUGCUAUCAGACUAUCCAAUGUCACCAAGGAUGUAUUUUUGGCACUACUCUGUUACCUCUACACAGAUGAUCUCGUUGCCUCUGACUAUUAUAAUAUCAUUGGUACAAAUAUUCAACCUCCUUCUCCAUUGGUCAGCAGUAGCAGUAGCAGCAGUACAACCACUACAACUUCAACCACCACCACAACCACAACCACAACAACUACCACUACUAACAACAACAACAACAACAACAGCAAUGGUAGUCAAUCACCACCACCACCAACACAAAGAUUUUCAUCUUCACUUCUUACGGAAUUACUCAUAUUGGCAAAUCAAUACAUGCUCGAUGGUCUAAAGAUAAAGUGUUGCAAUUUGAUUGGCGAGACAUUGUGCGAAAACAAUCUCGUCUCUCUUAUGGCUCUUGCCAGUCUCCACGAAGCCGUUGAGCUCAAGAACGCUUGCAUCUACUACUUUUACACCAAUUUGCCAGUUUUGUUGCGUGGUUGCUUCGACUCUGAUACCAACUCUCCCAAUAAAUCGUGUGAGAGUCUUGGAUAUCUUAUAGUAGACUACUUUAGCAAGGUUUCAAAAUUGAGUUCCUCCGACGGAAAAUCAGAUGACAAUGCUAGUAAUUCAAAUCCAGAAAUUAGUCAAAGAAAUUUUGAAGAAUUGGUAUCAUUAUUUAAUUAA